CGUCCGUGGACGGGGUGAGGGAGCGGAGAGGGAAAAUGGCGGCGGUCGAGGCACGGACCGCGAGAGCGACGGUCACCGUGUGAUACGAUAAUAUAAAGUCGGUCACGCUCUCUCGGCCAUAAUUCGCGAGCUCGGGACGAAGAGCGAGGCUCCAGGCGAGUGCAAGGCCGAGAGGAGUCGAGGUCGUCGCGAACGCGGUCCCGGGCGGGGGGUGGGGUGGGUUGGGGGUAUCGGAGGUGGUCGUGGGCCCAGGGACGCGCGAUGUAGGGGCCCGGGCGACGGGAGCCGGAGGUGGAGCACCGUAGUGUCGGUGAGAGCAUACGUCGAGUUUCGGCCGGGGGCAGGCCAGUGGGGCGACUAUGGCCCUGAACGCGAACGCCCUCUCCAGCGACAUCAGCAGGCGCAAUCCCCAGGACGAGUACGAGCUAAUACAGAGGAUCGGCAGCGGGACCUACGGUGACGUUUACAAAGCUAAAAGACUUUCCAUGAACGAUUUGGCUGCUAUUAAGGUCAUUAAACUUGAACCUGGUGAUGACUUUGCGAUAAUACAGCAAGAGAUCUUAAUGAUGAAGGAUUGCAGGCAUCCGAAUAUCAUUGCUUAUUACGGCAGUUACCUAAGGAGGGAUAAAUUAUGGAUAUGUAUGGAGUAUUGCGGCGGUGGAUCCCUUCAAGACAUUUAUCACAUUACGGGUCCGUUAACGGAAAUUCAAAUUGCUUACAUGUGUCGGGAGACGCUACUCGGCCUGGCCUACCUACACGGAAUGGGCAAAAUGCAUCGAGACAUCAAGGGAGCCAACAUUCUCCUCACCGAGUCUGGUGAUGUUAAACUCGCCGACUUUGGAGUGUCAGCUCAAAUCACAGCGACGAUCAAUAAAAGAAAAAGUUUCAUAGGCACGCCUUAUUGGAUGGCUCCGGAGGUGGCAGCCGUUGAGAGAAAAGGAGGUUAUAAUCAGCUUUGCGAUAUCUGGGCUAUCGGUAUAACGUCCAUAGAAUUAGCCGAACUGCAGCCACCAAUGUUCGAUCUUCACCCAAUGAGAGCACUAUUUUUAAUGUCCAAAUCGGGUUUUAAGCCUCCAACAUUGAAAGAUCGCGAUAAAUGGAGUCCAACUUUUCAUAAUUUUGUCAAAAUUGCAUUGACAAAAAAUCCUAAAAAGCGACCGACAGCGGAGAAACUCUUACAGCACACGUUUUUUCAAAGCGAAAUGAGCAAGCGUCUCGCUUUGGAAUUACUGCAAAAGGUUUCGAAUCCUAGCCACGUAUUCGCUGAGCUAGAGCCUGACGAAGAUGGAGCUGUACCUAAUGUACCACAGCGCAUCGCAUCGAGACACACAGCUAAGCCAAGACCAAAGAGCCCUGUUUCACAAUUAGACAGCGAAGAUCAAUUUAAUUUAGAUGGUGGAACACUGCACAGAGAUUCAACUUCAUCUUCCAUCGAUAAUAAUCCAGCAUGGGAUAUCAUAGACAUCAUGAAUAACGUUAAGACUGCUCGAAACUGUGAUGUACAUCCAGACUGUGGAAUUGGCCAAGAGAACCGUGAUGCAGAUAGUAGAGUCAAACACAGAAGCAAAACUGGCACGGAGAUCUUUCGUAUGAGCCUCAGGAGUCUAUUGGAGUACAUUGAUGAGGAGUUGUUGCUAAGAGCUACAUUGCCCCUUGGCGAGACAUCAAAUGACUGCGAGGUUCAUCGAGGUUUCUACGGGAAUUUGACAGGGUCGCAGCCGGGCACCGGCCGCCGGCUCCACAGCUCCAUGGAGGAGCUCUUCGGCGGCUCAGCCGGCGGCAGCCACGGACAGCGGCAGCGUUCCCUCUCGGACAACGGCGGACGCCGGGAGCAGGCCCACCGCCCCCGACCCAACGGUGAAAACGAAGCAUCGGAUAACGGCGAGGAAGGCAUUGGACCAGACUUACUCUCCGAUACUCCACCGGUACCGCCGAGGCGAAGGGACAGGAAGAGACACACGCCUCCCAGGCCAGUCACCAAUGGUCUGCCGCCGACUCCCAAAGUCCAUAUGGGAGCCUGUUUCUCUAAGGUUUUCAAUGGAUGCCCUUUAAGAAUUCACUGUACGGCCAGUUGGAUUCAUCCAGACACGAGAGAUCAGCAUUUACUAAUUGCAGCGGAGGAAGGAAUUUAUAACCUUAAUUUAAAUGAACUGCACGAAACGGCAAUCGAUCAAUUAUAUCCAAGGCGGACAAUUUGGAUGUACGUUAUCAAGGACGUUCUAAUGUCAUUGUCAGGCAAAACGCCGCAACUUUAUAGGCACGAUCUUCUAGCGAUGCAAAGCAAACAGACACAUAGGUUUUCUCUACACAUGAAUAAAAUACCGGAGCGAUUAGUGCCGAGAAAAUUUGCGCUUACGACGCGGGUGCCCGACACGAAAGGCUGCACAAAGUGUUGCGUCGGCCGGAAUCCUUAUAAUGGAUACAAAUACUUGUGUGGUGCGAUGCCAGCUGGAAUCUUCCUUAUGCAAUGGUAUGAUCCGUUGAAUAAAUUCAUGCUGUUGAAAUACUUUGAGUGCCCACUGCCGUCGCCAUUGAACGUCUUUGAAAUGAUAAUAACACCCGAAAUGGAAUACCCAAUGGUGUGCGUUUCGGUGAAACAAGCUUUUCAUCAAACUAAAUUGAAGCUUGACCUAAUUAACAUGAACUCGGGGGCCAGUUGGUUCCACAGCGAUGAACUAGAGGAGAUGGAUGGUUCCGCAACAGUCAUUCCACGAAGAGAAAAUCUUCAAGUAGUUAGCGUAGCGCAGCUUGAAAAAGAUGCCAUUCUCAUUUGUUACGAUAAUUCGGUGAAAAUAGUGACGUUAGGUGGGAAACCACGAACUAGUAAAAAACAAAUGUCAGAGCUUCAAUUUAAUUUUCAAAUUGAAUCAACAAUCGUUCUACCGGACAGUGUUCUUGCCUUUCAUAAGCACGGGAUGCAAGGUCGUAGUUUCAAGAACAGCGAGGUUACGCAAGAAAUCAGCGAUCCGAGUCGAACGUACAGACUUUUAGGCUCUGACAAGGUUGUCAUGCUGGAGAGUCACUUAGUACAUACUGGCACACUGAACGAGACCGAAGGCGCCGAUCUCUACAUUCUCGCGGGUCACGAAGCGAGUUAUUAAUUCUAAUUAGGGAGAGAGCUGCGCAACAAUGAAGCUUUAUUCUUUCCUGUAAAGAGCAAAGAUUAUAAAUAAUUAAAACGCAGCAGACUGCACUGAGUAGACUGUUAACAAACAAAACAAAAACAAAAACAAAAAAACAAAAACAAAACAAAAACAAAAUGCUGCUGUAAUGUACAGCAGCGCGUAAGUAUUAAAUUGAUUUCGUGAAGCUGCUUUAAAGAACGGAAUCACCAUCAAAAACAAAUAUACAAACAUAAGAAGAAAAA